GAGAAGCAUGCGGUGCAAGAUAUACAGCAUUCACUGUAGUCCAGAAACUAACUGAGAUCAAGACGGGUGUACAGAAGAUCAUACUGUCGACCCAAAACAGGAAUCAAAUAGUUUACUUUCAAGAGGAACCCAAAUCAUGAGAAACUACAAGGCGUCUCUCAGACAAGGAUCUAAGCAAGUGAAAGUGAAAUGGAUUCUUAUUAUUAUCUGUGAUAUUUUGAUGACUGGAUAUGCACUGGGAUGGACCUAUCAUCACAGUAAUGAGCACAUGAACUGGGUCAAAGCAAGGAAAUGGUGCCAAGAUACAUACACAGACCUGGUUGCCAUUCAGAAUUGGGAGGAAAUGAGUUACCUAAAUAAAACUUUACCCCAAAAAAAAGACUAUUACUGGAUUGGAAUUCGGAAGAUAAAUGGCACUUGGACUUGGGUUGGAACAAAUGAGACGAUGGAGGAAAAAGAUGGGUUCUGGGCUCAACAGGAACCCAACAAUAAGCAAGAGGAUGAAGACUGUGUGGAAAUAUACAUCAAAAGAAACAAGGAUGGGGGUAACUGGAAUGAUGAGAAGUGUGGAAAUUUAAAACAUCCCUUGUGCUUCAAAGCUCAGUGCAAUGCAACAUCAUGCAGCAAUAGAGGGGAAUGCACAGAAACUAUUAACAACUACACAUGCAAAUGUGCCCUAGGGUUCGAAGGACCUCGUUGCCAAGAUGCCGUUCGGUGUGAAAGCCCUACAAUACUCCAGCACGGAUGGGUGAAGUGCCACGGUCCCCACGGAAACCAUGGCUACAGGUCAACAUGCACGUUUCGGUGUGCCAAGGGCUUCUCUCUGGAGGGUCAGCAGGAAAGCAACUGCACUGCCUCGGGAGAAUGGACAGGAACCACACCAGUGUGUAAAGGUGUGGACUGCAUAGAUUUUUCUGAACCUGAGGAUGGAUAUGUGAACUGCUCUGGACCAUCUACCACCUUCAGUUCAACCUGUGAAUUCCGCUGUUCUAAGGGCUUUCUUUUACUGGGACCAAACAAGGUUACAUGUAAUGCCGCAGGCAUCUGGACGGGAAGGAGGCCAUUUUGUGCAAGCUUUAUGUAUGUCGCAGCAGCUCUUGCUGGGACCACCAUCCUUUCAACAUCCUGUUUCAUAUGUUUCUGUUUGAUGCAUUGCAGAAAAAGAAAGAACACUGUACAAACAGGACUUCCAGAAGAGGACAGAACACAACCUGGCGAUGAACCUGAAGGUGUACCUCUUUGAUCUAUCUUCAGGAGUCUCACUGCAUGAAAUUGGAGAAUUGGGAGGAAGACUAAGACCUGCUGGACAGAGCGCAAAGGCAGAUUUUUUUCAUAUACUGGACAUAGAACUUGUUUUAUGGUGCUCUACUACUGAUUGCAUACAUAGACGCAAAUUUAAACAAUCUGUACAAACACAUCAAUGGAAAAACUUGGUGGUAGUGUUGGAAAAAAUUAUACUUGAUGAAAACAUGUUGAUAAAAUGUUUUUAUUAAAGCUUAUAUAGGUACCAUUUGUAGAGGUAUCCCACUUUAUUAUGUCUUACAAGGGCUAGUUGUCAUUGUUACUGAGCAUUAAUUGAUCAAUGAAAGCAGUUGAUUACAGUUAACUUCACCUUGUUUCAUGGGUCUGUGGUUCUCCAGGACCAGUGUUCCUGACCCCUGUCUUAGUAGUGUUUAGCUUAGAAAUGUAAUUUCUUUGGUGAAGUGUGAGGCCACAUAUGCAGAUAGAAAGACUCGGUGGUCCAGAGAAGGCAAGGGAAGGAAUGUCACAGUGCCCUGACUUAUAGGAGCACUGUAAAAUAUUACAACAUGGGAUUUUCAGGGGUGAUGGGGCCCAAACUGACAUCUGUUCAUGGGGGCCAAAAUCCCUGGUGGGGCCCCUCGCCAAAAGUACAGUGUGUACGGUCUUGCACUUCAGACCAAGAGAGGAUCUCACUCAUUCUUCCUGCAAUGCAUUUCAACAGAAGGAUGGAAACUGAACAGUUUUAAUAUGCUUAUUUGAUACAAAAUGUCCAGUGCACAGGAUUUGAAUCACAAUUUAGUUGCAGGUUUUUGUAUCCUAGUCUUAGAAGUGGCUUAGAUGCUGAUGUGUGGAUUGCCUAUUUGUAUUUAUUAUGUCUGUAUUAUCAAACUGUAAUCAUUAAUAUUUAUGGAUUUUUUAUGAUCAUGUUCUUCCUUGUCUGAAAAUGAUUGUAUUACAGUCUACAUGAGACCCACAUCAUCAACAUAACACUAAAGUUUUCAUUAUAUGUAUGUAGUCAUGAAAACAUAACGUUUGAUGUGAAGAAGUGCAUAACUCCAAAAUGAACACCAAGGUUAGAUGUCAA